AUGCUCGAGUGCCCCCAACCACGCCAGCCUCCGUUUUUGAGCGCGAAAGCUCAAGCUCCUGCUGCAGCAAGAGUUUUAAAUGACGUAAAAAGGCGUUUCUCAGAGGAAGCCUGCCGAAGAGGGCAAGGGAGCACGAAUUUCCACCCCUCAGACGACCCCGCAUUCGGAUGCUUCAGGUCAGAAGACAGCUCAUUUUUGAGGGAAGGGAGCGCAACUUUCGUCCAUACCCGACCCGCCUGCAGGGGGCCCCCCCCUGCUCAGGCAAUGCAAACAGCAACGAGGGAACCGAACCACCUUGCUGCUGCUGCGGAUGUUGUCGUGCUGGACCUGGGUGCCCUCACCUUGGGAGAAUCCGAGGCAGAACUGCGUCUGAAGGCGCUAUGGCCUCAUGUAGGCGCUAUUCUUCCUGCUCAGGAAAUCCUCGAUAGCGAGCGGUACCGGCGUGCCACUGACCGCCUUCGAGCGUUCAGCAGCAGGUUGCUGCAGCGGCUGCUGCUGUCUGCGUACUGCUGCUGCGACUCUAAAUCCCUCAUAAUUGAGCGGAAGGCUACGAGGAGCAAACCUAUCUGGAGACCUUCUCCGAGUCUGGAAUCCGCCUUCCUGCACUUUAAUGUUUCGCAUGAUGAGGGGUUGGUAGUGUUUGGGGCCUCUCAGCACCUCGUUGGCGUGGACUGCAUGCGCUGCGCCUGCAGAGGCAGAGACACCGAGCAGUUCCUGCGGCAAAUGCGAGGUCACUGCACCCCAGGAGACUGGGCCUACGUAAUGGAGGUCUCGGAUCCAGAGCAGCAACUGAGAAGAUUCAUGAGGGUCUGGACGGUUAAGGAGUCCUUCGUCAAGGCGCUUGGCACAGGGAUGUACACCGAUCCGCAGAGACUCCAAUGCUUCUUCUUCCCCCCCUGCCCCCCACGAAUCUCCCUUGAUGGGACCCCCCAAACCGACUUCUACUUCAGACUCGAAGAAGAGAAGGCCCCCGGUUAUGUCCUGUGCAUAUGCGUGGGCCCCCCCAGUAGGGCCCUUGAGGAGUACAAAAGUUGCAUGCCGCGGUGUCUCGAGGGCGCGCACACCCCCAUAACAACAGCACCACCCCCCGAAGCUUGGGGAUUCAGAAGCUGCUCUUUUCCUGAGCUUCUAGCGGCUGCAAGUGCGGCUGCAACUGUCCGAGUUGUUGCAUUCACCGCUGUUUCUACUGCUCUUGCGCAUGCACUCCUUGCUGCUCCUGUAGUGACUGCCAUUUUUAUUGCAGGAGCUACAGCAGCAGCGUAG